AUGAAAGUAAAGCGUACCAGUUGCCCUCUGAUCGCGCACGCACUGGUGCUGUUAAUCCCCCAUAUGUUUAUCUACCAGCCAUUGCGAGUUUCACAGCCUGACGCAACCCAUCAUCCAGCCGAUAUCCAUCUAUCGGAAGCGAAAGGCCAAUCCGGAAAUUUGAGUUUCAGCGGUCGUGGUAUUCGCGCAAAAUACACACCACGAUUAUCUAACGCAAAUCAAUCUCCCCUCGAAGAAGAAGAGGUGCGGAGGCAUUUUGCAGCCAACCAACCUGCCAGCAGUGGACCCCCCCUCCCCUCCCCGAAGCCACAAAAUCCCUCAGAGCUUGAAGCAGCAGCAGCAGAAGACAAGGGAGGGGGUGGACGAGGGAAGUGGAAAGGUCGAGAAAAACUUCAUCCAAACAAAAAAAACCAACAAGCAAGAAUGCCUGCCCUCGAAGCCCACUACUCUACCCUCAUGAAGCGCGGCACCAACUGGCCGUCCAAGAACCGCGGUGUCAUGGUCGUGUUCUGCAUCAUUGGCGUACUCAUCCUCAUGGUCAUUGCGCUCAUGCUGCACAAGAAGCUCGCCGCGCGAAAGAAGAGACGGGCCGAGGCGGACUUCCAGGCUGGGAAAUAG